CCUGCCCCGGUGGAGGAACAGCGAGCCUUGCUCUCUCCCUUGACCUUUCUUGGUGCCAAGGAGUCUCUACCCUUUCUCUUGUGCAGGUUACCCCGCUCCUUCCCUAACAUUCGGGCAUUCGAUGCUGCGUCGGGACUCGGGACGUCGACGUGUUCCCACGCUCCUCCCAGUCUCUCACGCGGAGGAGACUCAGACAGCAACGUCUCGCUGACCUUCUCACCCCAUCAGCUCUGUUAGAUUGACGAGAUGGGGAGUAGACUGAUAGGGAUACCAGUAGUGCAGUCGAUAUACAUUUCUCGCUAUUGGUGGAAUGAUGAGAGCGAGAUGAAGAUAAAGAGGAGGAUGGAUGGCUUUUGGUGAGUGGGAGCAGCGGCGCAAGGGGAGUCGCUUUCUGGGUGUGGGUUAUCCUGUACUUGAUGCAGGGUCCUUUAAAGAACAAAAACACCAUCUCCGGUUGCUUCUUGUUAUGUCUGAAGCCUGUGGAGCUGCUCCCUCCGUCUCUCUAGUUUUGUGGAUCGUCUCUCCUCUUUGCUGUCUUUGGCUUCUAUAUCAGAAGUAGAAAUCUUAGUCUAGCGGAGAUGAGAUUUGGCUGAGAGAAAGCGACCGACGGGGGAAAGGAUGGAAGUAAAGGGAAGAGUGCAGUGAGAGAUGUGCAUGAAGAAUGAACAGAACUCUAAAGGGUAAAAGUCGAAGAGAAGUACAAAAGCUGGAGAAAUGAUGGUUAUGCGAACAGCAUAGAGAGCUUUCAUAUACGAUAGUUAUCAUCUCUUUCCUCGUUGGGGCUGUGCUUGUGCUUGGCUGAAGAGCUGGCGAACCGGUGGUGGAACGGAUCUGUGGCGAUGGGAGGGAUCGAUCCCGGGGUCGCCUCUGCCACAUCGGUCCCUGCCCUCCAUCUCGGCAAUCCCAACAGCGUCGACGACCACCGCAGCCACCACUUCGGCAGAAGAGACCAAGAGCCGAACACCACGACUACGACCACCAACAGCAGCGGCAGCAACAACCAUCCCAACGACGACGACGGCACUGCCGAGGACCAGUCCGCCGGUGGGCUCGAGGCCGGUUCUAUCGAAGGAGCCAGCAGCACCGCCGGCCGCCGGCCGCGUGGACGGCCGCCCGGGUCCAAGAAUAAGCCGAAGCCGCCUGUCAUCAUCACGCGGGAGAGCCCCAGCGCGCUCCGCUCGCAUGUCCUUGAGGUCGCGAGCGGGACCGACAUCAUGGACGCCGUAGCCGCCUUCGCCCGUCGGAGGCAGCGUGGCGUUUGUAUCCUGAACGGCAGCGGGGUCGUGACCGACGUCACGCUCCGCCAGCCCGGUGCGCCGGGGGUCGUCACCCUCCACGGCCGCCUCGAGAUCCUUGCUCUUUCGGGGGCUUUCCUGCCAGCGCCAUCGCCACCCGGGGCCACCGGGCUCACAGUCUACUUAGCCGGCGGCCACGGGCAGGUGGUGGGAGGCAAUGUUGUGGGCGAAUUGGUCGCGUCGGGCCCCGUGAUGAUGGUCGCAGCCACAUUCUCCAACGCGACAUAUGAGCAAUUACCGCUCGUGGUCGAAGAGCCAGCCACGGCGGUGGCUCCACCGACCACAGAAGGAUUGCCGCAGAACCCGUGUGACAGUGGAGUUGGCGUUCGAUCGUCGUCGCAGCAGCCACAUGGGGGAUGGGAUCCAGCGGCGAUGCCACUGUACAAUCUGCCGCCAAAUCUGUUGCCUAAUGGUCCGAUGCCCCAUGAGGUUCUCGGCGCUUGGGCAUCUGCUGCAGCUCCUCGGCCACCUCCGUCCUACUAAGUCCCUACACUUCUCCUAUAUAUAUAUAUAUAUAUAUAUAUAUAUAUAUAUAUAUAUAUAUAUAUAUAUACAUACAUAUAUGUUCCUAUGUUUGUUGUACCUUUGUUAUUGUAGUGUUCUUCUUGUUCAUCAUCCUCAUGUCAAUGCCAUUGCAUGAUCUCUCUCUGCAGUAAACAUAUAUACUGGAGUUGGAGGUUCAUCAAUUUCAAUAAACAAAUAUUCUAUAUCUACUCACACUAAA